AUGGCAGAAAUGUCUGGGCGUGGCAAGGGAGGCAAGGGGUUGGGAAAGGGCGGUGCGAAGAGGCACCGAAAGGUUCUUCGUGACAACAUUCAGGGCAUCACUAAACCUGCGAUUCGUAGGCUCGCUAGAAGGGGUGGUGUGAAGAGAAUCUCUGGUCUGAUCUAUGAGGAGACUCGUGGUGUUCUCAAGAUUUUCCUCGAAAAUGUGAUUCGUGAUGCUGUGACCUACACUGAGCAUGCUAGGAGGAAGACUGUGACAGCCAUGGAUGUGGUUUAUGCACUCAAGAGGCAGGGCAGGACUCUCUAUGGGUUCGGUGGUUAG